UGUUCUACGCACACGCCCCUUUCGCUAUUUAUGCACGACUCGCGCGGAUGCUCAUAAACAGGAGCCAUUUUGAUAUCUUUCUCAGACCGCGCCAAACCACACAGAGAUAAUCCAAGAUGUCUGACGAAGGGAAGCUUUUUGUUGGUGGAUUGUGUUUUGACACAGAUGAAACCUCAUUAGAAGAGGCUUUCUCUAAGUAUGGAAACAUUGCUAAAGUUGAUGUUGUUCGCGACAGAGAAACAAGGCGGUCCAGGGGUUUUGGCUUUGUGACUUUCGAAAACCCAGAAGACGCCAAAGAUGCAAUGGCUGCUAUGAAUGGCAAAUCUGUAGAUGGCAGGAUGAUCCGUGUGGAUGAAGCUGGCAAGUCAGGGGGAAGAUCUGGUGGCGGUGGCUUCAGGGGAGGUUCAGGGGGCUUCAGAGGAGGCUUCAGAGGAGGAAGAGGAAGAGGUGGGCGUGGUUAUUCGGGAGGUGGCGGCGGUUAUGGCGGUGACAGGAGCUAUGGAGGGGGUGACAGAAGCUAUGGUGGAGGAGAGAGGAGCUAUGGGGGAAGUGACAGGAGCUAUGGUGGCGGAGGAGACAGAAGUUACGGUGGUGGCUACAGGAGUGGUGGGGGUGGAGGUGGAUACUCCUCUGGAGGAAGCAGCGGUGGUUACAGGGAAGCCAGGAGUGGUGGAGAAGGUGGUUAUGGUGGCCGCUCUGGAGGAUCAUACAGAGACAGCUAUGACAGCUAUGCUACACACGAGUAAAAACAAAAACAAACUUCCUGAUUGCAAGAUCGUCCCUUCGCUGGCUGUUUUUUAAAAGAUGCGCUCUUCGAAGACCUUUUUUUCUUUUCUGUUUGUGGUAUCUGGUUCUAGUGUUUUCUUUCAGACUUGGCAGCAUCUUUAGACCUUUUUUAUCGUGUUGAAAGUUUUCAGGAUCUGUCCUCCUGACAGUAACUUAUAUCCUGUAGCAUUUAAUUACUGUAAGCCUUGAUGCUCAUUAUUGGUCUUAGUACCUUAAGUUCAAUAUGCCCUCCUGGUGUUGCAGGACAAAUGGACACUGGGGAAUAAAAUUUGAUAUUUUUUUUUUAAAAAGUGACUUUAUUUGCAAUGAAAUCUGUUUCCACUGAAUCGUAACCUGUUCGACACAGCCUGAUAGCUUCUAAGACCAAUUUAGUGUUUACCAUGUUUCUGCUCAAUCGGAACGCAAAAUAUUAGCAAUGUUUCCAUUUAAACUUUUUAAACUGGAAUUCUGGUCUUUAAAAAAACCACAAUCUAUUAAAUUUACACUAGAAGCUUGACAAGCUGUGAUGUGCUCUAAGUACUUUGCUCCUUCAGUUCUGUAAUGCAUUCCUUUAGUGUAGCAAGGCAGGAAUGCUACGUGGGAGCCCCAGUUUCCAGCAGACCACCUUGAUAUUGCUAAAGACUUGUAUGCUCCAUACACCGAGUGAAUUGCUUUGACUGGUAAACUAACUUCAGGUCAUUGAGCUGUAUAGCAGGUGUUAUUUGUAGCCUUUAGCAGUUGGCCUAAGGUAUUUUGCUCUUUGCAAUCAACAUGUGCAUACUAUGCUCUGAUGGACUGAACAUUCAAGAUCACUCACAAUGUUUCUUCAAGGAUAUGUGCUCUCUGUUCUGUGUACCAACACCUACGAUUUUUGUAUAUUCUGGCUUCAUGAAGCCUAUUAAACAACCCGUUGAAAAUGU